AUGGAAGAUUCAUUGAAGCGAAAGGAAAGGGCAAUCUUCAAUCCGUGGAAUGAUGCGCAAAUUUUAACGCAUGUCACCUCGAACGUCGAUCGAGCAUCCGAUUUCGUUCGUAUGAAGAUAUUCGACGCACCUGUGAUGCCAUCACGAACCUAUAACCGUAAUCACCUUUCGGGUGAAAAUCAUCACAAUGACGCCGAUAGAGCGCAAUUUGAUUAUUUAAAGAUUAACACUAUUCCGUCAUACUCCGUCAAUACCGUGCACCUACAGAAUCCCUACAGACCACCCCAACAGCUGGAGGGAUUCGCGUCUCGUGAUUACUCGAAGGUAAGGUUAACAACCGGGAAAUAGUUUUCGUUCGGUACGCAUCGAUCGCAAGAUUUUAUCCUGAGAUCAAGAUACAACAAUAAUUUGUUCGCAAAAGAAUCAGCCGCGAAUAAAAACAAUGAUCAAGAAGGCGAGAAAACUGAAAGAUGGAAGACUGGAAAGAAGCAUCCAAAACUCACAGAAAUUAGCGAGCUUGCCAAGCAGUAUUGCUCGUGCAGCUCUCUUCACGGUUUACGUUACGUCGGUGACUCAAAACUGUCAGUUAUAGAAAGAAUAUUUUGGAUAAUUUCGUUCACAACUGCACUAACAGUAGCGAUAUAUUACAUUUGUUAUAUCUAUCAAAAAUGGAAUGGAUCUCCUAUUAUUAUUUCUUUGAGCCCUGAUCCAAUUUCUCUCAAUGAAUUUCCGUUUCCCUCUGUAACAAUAUGCAAUAUGAAUAAAAUUAAAAAGACAGAAGGAAAGCGAAUUGAACGUGGGUUCGACGAAUUAGAUAAACUAUUGAUGGAAGAUCUUUGCAAUUCGGAUAGUAACAUAACUUAUGACCAUGAAGAGCAUUCUGGUAUACACUGGGACAGGAUGCUAAAGUUCAUGAUAAAUGUAACCCAGCCGUGCACAGAUAUGAUAUACUACUGUCUCUGGCACGGGACUCCAACCGAAUGUGAAAGAAUUUUUAAUCCUACUAUGACCGAUGAGGGUAUUUGUUGCAAUUUCAACUCAGUAGCAAAAAAACAUCUCUUCUAUAAUCCACUCGACUGGCCUGACCUGAAUAUAACGUAUCCAUCUGAAAGUGUUGAUUGGAAUGCUGAAAAGGGAUACGACGCGAGUAUGUCGCCGGAUGUUAUACCAUGGAGACCAUACGGUGCUGGAUUAUUCUAUGGCUUGACUUUGGCUCUUGAUGCUGAUAUUGACGAAUAUUAUUGUUCAUCGACCGCCGGCGCAGGCUUUAAAAUGUUGCUUCAUAAUCCUGUAGAGACACCGAAAAUCGCCGAUUUCUCAUUCUCAGUCACACCGGGCGAGGAGACUCGGAUAAUCAUAAGACCACGGAUAUCGCAUGCCAAUCCAUCGAUAAUCUCAAUAGCGCAGAGGAAACGGAAAUGUUUUUUUAUGUCUGAAAGAAAACUGCGUUAUUAUCGGACAUACACACAGAGGAACUGUAUUCUGGAGUGUGAGGCAAAUUACACACAGAAGCUCUGCGACUGCGUGCAAUAUUACAUGCCAAAAUCAUCGAACACACCGAUCUGCGGCAAGAGAGACGAACCAUGCGCUAAACGUGCCAGACAAGCCAUGGAAAUCAAACUCUACGAUGAUGUUUUGAACAAUAUUACGAUACCAAGCUGCAAUUGCUGGCCAGCCUGCUUCGAGAUUAAUUAUAGGAUAGACCUUUCACAGAACAAACUGGUGCAGACCUUCCAAACCAACAAACAAUACCUGAAGAAGAACGCAGAUUAUUUCACGGAAAAUGUAGCGGUGGUUCACCUGUUUUUUGUGGACUCUCAGUUCACGAAAUACAUGAAAAAUGAGCUUUUCGGAUUCAUCGAAUUUCUAUCGAGUACGGGGGGAUUGCUGGGUCUCUUCAUGGGCUUCAGUUUUUUGUCGUUUAUGGAAAUACUGUACUUCUCGACUAUGCGGCUGUGGUGCCGCUUGAAUAAUCGUCAGGAAGAAUUGCAAAGACCCAAUGUACUCCAGACACAUCCGUUAAAUGACAAGAAAGUGAUCUAUCCAUUCACCAAUUGAAUUAGAUACGUCACGUAAAUAGCGACCUAUUGGGUGAAGUGUAUCGUCAGGAGACACACUGAAUGUAUCAAUUUUAACGGAAUAUCGAUGACUCGAUCGAUAGAACUUAUAU